CACGCACACAUACACGUGUACGUCAGUCCGUCCGGCAUGGUCGCAUGGUAAAUCUACGUUAGUGCUUUCUGGGAACGAGCAAGAGCAAAAAAAAGGGGAAGGCUGCCACAUAUAUAAAUAUCGGCAUCUGGCGGAAAGCAGAAAGCAAGGCAACCGAAACGCCGUGGCGCGCGGCACCCUCUCCCCCCCACCGGUCACCGGUCGUGCGGACGUGUAGGCCUCGUGCGCGUGUGUGUGUUUGCGAAAAGUGUGCGAAAAGAUGCUGCUGGCGACGGUGCGGCAGCUGGUACGGCGAGCCGGUGUGACGGCGUGGACGGUGCACCAGGGCGGCCGGUUGGCGGCGGCCCCACCACUGCCGGCAUUACUGCCGUCCACCGUGCAGACGCCGCUCGGCACCACCGAGACGGUGCGAUGGAAAUCGAAGCGACAGAAAAUUGAGCUGAAGCGCCGGCUGAAAGCCGAAGCGAAGGAAAAAGAAAAGCAGGAAAAGAGCGCGGCCGCGGCCCAGGCCGCCGAUGGCGGGCAGGUGGACAAGAAGCAGCCGGCCAAGGAGAACCUGGACGAGAUUUCGCCGAACGAGUACUUCAAGCUGCGCAGUGCGGCCGUCGCCGAGCUGAAGAAGAGCCCGGACACGCACCCGUACCCGCACAAGUUCAGCGUGACCGUCUCGCUCGGCGAGUUCAUCGAGCGGUACAGCGGGCUGCAGGACGGCGAAACGCUCGACGAUGUGACGGUGAGCGUGGCGGGCCGGGUGCACGCGAUCCGCGAGUCCGGCGUCAAGCUGAUCUUCUUCGACCUGCGCGGCGAGGGCCUGAAGCUGCAGGUGAUGGCGAACGCGAAGGCGUACGAGAGCGAGGAGCUGUUCUUCGAGGAGACGGCCCGGCUGCGGCGCGGCGACAUCAUCGGCGUGACCGGCGUGCCGGGCAAGACGAAGAAGGGCGAGCUGUCGGCGAUGGCGCGCCGCAUCAAGCUGCUGUCGCCGUGCCUGCACAUGCUGCCCCACCUGCACUACGGGCUGAAGGACAAGGAGACGCGGUUCCGGCAGCGCUACCUCGACCUGAUACUGAACAACAACGUGCGCAACAUCUUCGUGACGCGCGCGCUUAUUAUCAGCUACGUGCGCCGGUUCUUCGACAACCUCGGCUUCCUCGAGGUGGAGACGCCGAUGAUGAACAUGAUACCGGGCGGCGCGACGGCCAAACCGUUCAUCACGCACCACAACGACCUGAACAUGGAUCUGUUUCUGCGCAUCGCGCCCGAGCUGUACCUGAAGAUGCUGACGGUCGGCGGGCUCGACCGGGUGUACGAGAUCGGGCGCCAGUUCCGCAACGAGGGCAUCGACCUGACGCACAAUCCAGAGUUUACCACGUGCGAGUUCUACAUGGCGUACGCGGACUACAACGACAUCAUCGACAUCACGCAGCAGCUGCUCGCGGGCAUGGUGCACGCGAUCCACGGCUCGUACAAGGUCAAGUACCAUCCGGACGGGCCGGAGGGCGAGGAGUACGAGAUCGACUUUACGCCCCCGUUCCGGCGCAUCUCGAUGAUCAGCUCGCUGGAGGAGGCGCUGAAGGUAAAGUUCCCGGCGGCGGACCAGCUGCACACGCCCGAGGCGGUCCAGUUUCUGGACGCGCUGUGCGUCAAGCACGAGGUCGAAUGCAAGCCGCCGCGCACCGCCGCCCGCCUGCUCGACAAGCUGGUGGGCGAGUUCCUGGAGGAGACGUGCAUCAACCCGACGUUCAUCUGCGACCAUCCGCAGAUCAUGAGCCCGCUCGCGAAGUACCAUCGCAGCGCGACCGGCCUGACCGAGCGGUUCGAGCUGUUCGUGAUGCGCAAGGAGGUGUGCAACGCGUACACCGAGCUGAACGAUCCGGCGGUGCAGCGGGAGCGGUUCGAGCAGCAGGCCGCGGACAAGGCCGCCGGCGACGACGAGGCCCAGCUGGUGGACGAAAACUUCUGCACCGCGCUCGAGUACGGCCUGCCGCCGACCGGCGGCUGGGGCAUGGGCAUCGAUCGGCUCACCAUGUUCCUGACCGACUCGAACAACAUCAAGGAGGUGCUGCUCUUCCCGGCCAUGAAGCCGGACGACCCGAACCGCAAGCAUCCGGCGGCGGUUGGGGCUGGCGGCACCGAGCCGGGCAGCAGUGAGGCUUAGAGAAAGCGAGAGUGUGUGUGUGAGAGAGAGAGACGGGCAUUUCAUCGUGACGGAGCGGCGGCUGGCCGCUUCCAUUGAUUGUGUGUAUAGCGUUUGCUAAUCUUGCAGAAGUAAAACUGUCUAUCUAUAAACUUA